ACUUUUUGUGCCACUGCAGUCUCCGUAGACAUCGAAACAUGGCGGCGUCCUACAAACGAGUUAUGUAGCUUGUGUCCAGCUAUGUUCUGAUUGAAAAAAGUCAAAGGGUUCCAUAAAAAACUGACAGUAAGAAAAAUGACAUUUCGGUAUUUGUUAAGCGGUAUAUCGAAGUGUUGGUCUAGUCUUGCACGUCAUCGAUUAUCAAACGUUUCGCGAUUGCGGAACCUUAGCGAAGUGACACCGAGAGCGAUAUUGAGCCAUCCAUCACAUACACCAUCGUCGACAUGCACUGGCAUGAGCAAUGGCCACCUAUAUAGCCGUGUAAGAGUAGCAUACAGUUUGGGGAGAGAGGGUGCUAUAUGGGCAACAGAUACGUUGUGUUUUGGUCUGUUAUCAAUCCGCUCAAGAGUGAACGCACAAAAACGGUACUUUCAUGUUAUGAAGAAACUGCACCAACAGGUGCCUCUUUUCCGCCCUCUUUCUACAUCGACAGCAGUUGCAAAAGACGUGAUUCUGUUUGAGCACGACCGAACAAGGUUCUUUCGCCUCUUAGCAGUCUUCUGUGGUGGUCAGUUUCUUUUUUGGACAUACCUGGCCCACUUCGCCUUUACUGGUCUUCGAGACACUGGUGGAAGUGGUUCUGGUGGGAGACAUGUCUCCACUACUGGCUUGGCAGGACUUUGGAGUUUCGAUAUGAACCUGGGAUCUAAUGCUUGGAGAUAUGGAUUCACACUGGCAUGCCUUGUUAUUGGUGGAGGGAUCAUGGGACUUGGUGCUCUGUUCUGCCGGCGUUCUGUCAGCCAGGUGAUUCUACAUAAGGGGGGCGGGAUGGUCACCGUGUCGACACAGUCACCCCUGGGACCAAACAAGGGACAGAGAAUUACUGUACCCUUGUCACAAGUGGCCUGUUACGCCCACAGACAAGAGUCUCCUACUUUCAUUCCCCUCAGGGUGAAAGAUCGCAAGUUCUACUUUCUUUUGGACAGAGACGGCACACUGAAUAAUCCCCAACUGUUUGAUGUUACAGUUGGGGCAUAUCGAUCAUUCUAGGUGUGUCAAGAUAACAGAAUGUGACAUGUCCCCCAUUGUCAAUGCAACAUUGUGUCAGUACAAAGGGGUUGAUUGGAAUGAAGUCAACAAUCUGUUGGCUAAAGUUCUCAACAUAAACCAUUGAUUAAGUUUGCAAAAACUGUGUUGGCCUUUUGUAAUUAAUUUGACAACAAAUAAGAUAUAGAUAUUAAUAAACUGUGGAUGUAAAAUAAAAAUAAAAAUGUUU